AAAAUGGUGAUUGGUCUAGAAAUGGUCCAACAAAAUGUGCAUUAAGAAGUAUAGAAAAUUCUGAUAAAAUGAAUCAAGAGUAUUUAGACAAUAUUAUGAGAUAUCAUAAAUGUCUUCAAGGAAAAUUUGUUGUUGAUUGCUUUGGAGUUACACGUGAUCCAACUACCGGUUGUUACAUGUUCGUAAUGAAGUUUUUUGAAGAAAAUUUAUACCAAUACAUUGAAAGAGUCAAGAGACAUCUUCUCUGGGAAGAUAUUAUUGGAAUUCUUUGUGAAAUUAUUGAUGGUCUUAAACGAAUUCAUGAUAAUGGACUUUAUCACGGUAAUCUUCACGGCGGAAACUUGUUAAUUGAAAAUGGACCUGAAAGUGUCGGUGUAAGAAUUUCUGAUAUCGGAUUACAUGGACCAGCCAACAAAACAGCUUCUACACCAAAGGCAUAUUUAACAUUAAUGAAACGAUGCUGGCAUCAUGAACCGAGUGAACGCCCGAAAACUGCAGAAUUAAGCAAUAUUUUACAUAAUAAUCCCAUCCAGAAUUUGUUAAAUACUGCCAAUAACGAUAGAGUUAUAUCUGAAUAUACUAUAUUAAAUGAUCAAAUUGUCCAUCCUAACGCAAUUUACAAUAGUCAUUUAUUAGAUUUUUUACCUUUACAUGAUAAUGUUUAA